CAAUAAGUGUUGCUUCUGAACAAGCUUUUCCAGUCGCUAGCAAUACCUCUAUUCAUAUCAGAAAUUAUUUGUUACCUAAGACAGCAAGAGCUAUUCUUUGUGCUAAAAGUUGGAUCAAAAAUU